GAUAAUUCCGCGGUCACACUGAUCCCUGUGGCACAAGAAAAAUAUAGAUUAAAAAUUAAAAAAAAGCCUCGCGUUGCAGCGUUAGGCACCGGUUAGAGAGUGCAAUCAAAAGAGCGGCGUUAUAUUGUGCCCAGCUGCUGCUAAUCAAAUCAACUCCUGUGCUGUUGUCCCCCCAAAUUGUGUCGGUCGUGGCGUUCGCAUAGCAAAAAUUUCUAUAACAGUUCUCAAUCAAUCAAUACCUCUCUCUCGCUCGCUCGCUUUUUCUGUCUCUCUGCCCUGUCUUUCGCUGUACGUGCGUGCUGCUGUGUGUGUGUCAGUGUUUUCCUCUGUGUGCGUGUGUGGUGCUGGUGUCGUCCACUCCUUGGGUGCAUAAUUAAAUUAAUCAAAUAAAUAAAAAAUCAACGUGUUGAAACCGAAAAGAGCAGCCGUAGUGCAACAACAGCUUCAACAUGACCAUGGCAGGGCAAACAAUCAACGACAGGCUGCUAGCAGCCCGUCACAGCCUUGCGGGCCAAGGACUGGCCAAGUCCGUCUGCAAGGCCACUACUGAGGAAUGCAUUGGACCGAAGAAGAAGCAUUUGGAUUAUUUGGUGCACUGCACAAAUGAGCCGAAUGUCUCGAUACCUCACUUGGCCAACUUACUUAUCGAGCGUUCACAGAACGCCAAUUGGGUGGUAGUCUACAAGUCGCUGAUAACCACACAUCAUCUGAUGGCAUAUGGCAAUGAGCGUUUCAUGCAAUAUUUAGCAUCAAGCAACUCUACAUUCAAUCUUAGCUCCUUUUUGGACAAAGGAACUGUGCAAGAUGGUGGCAUGGGCGUUCCAGGUGGCAGAAUGGGUUACGAUAUGUCCCCAUUCAUACGACGCUAUGCCAAGUAUUUGAAUGAGAAGUCGCUCUCCUACCGAGCCAUGGCCUUUGACUUUUGUAAAGUCAAACGAGGCAAAGAGGAGGGCUCGUUGCGCAGCAUGAACGCAGAAAAACUCUUGAAGACUUUGCCAGUUUUGCAGGCACAAUUGGAUGGACUUUUAGAGUUUGAUUGCCAGUCCAAUGAUUUGUCCAAUGGCGUAAUUAACAUGAGUUUCAUGCUCUUAUUUCGCGAUCUCAUCCGUCUGUUUGCUUGCUAUAACGAUGGCAUCAUCAAUUUACUGGAGAAAUACUUUGAUAUGAAUAAAAAGCUGGCACGCGAUGCAUUGGAUCUCUAUAAGAAGUUUUUGGUUCGCAUGGAUCGUGUAGGGGAAUUCUUAAAGGUGGCAGAGAAUGUCGGUAUUGAUAAGGGUGAUAUACCCGAUUUGACCAAGGCCCCAAGCUCUCUUUUGGAUGCCUUGGAGCAGCAUUUGGCCACACUGGAGGGUCGUAAAGUAUCUGCUGCCAAUACGCCCACACAGUCUUCAAGCCAUCAACGCAAUGUAAAAUCCGCUGUAUCUGCACUUUCUUCUACCAGCUCGGCUUUUGGCACUGCGGCCGCUUCCAGUAAAUUCGAUGCCACCAAUGGGAUUGAUGAGCAGCUCAAGGCACAGGUUCUGGCCGAAGAAGAGGCCGCCAUGAAUCAGUACAAAUCGAAGGUAUCGUCGCCCACUAGUAGCGGUGCUGCUGGCUCUAGCGCUGCACUAACAAAUCCAUUUCUAUCGUCACCGCCAGCCUCAUCGGCUGGUCAGCCGAUAGUUGAUCUGUUUGGUGCCGCGUCGGCACAGCCCGCUGCUGCUGGAGCAGCGUCCCACCACCACCAGGCGCCACAGGCCACCACCAAGGCCUCUGACGAUUUAUUGCAGUUGGGAAAUCCCUUUGCCGACAUGUUUGAAGCCAGUGCCAAUGCUGGCGGCUCUAAUGCUGCAGGAGGUGCCACAGGUGCUACACUCAAUGCCAAUAAUUUGUGGAUGCAUAAUAAUGGUUUUAAUGGCGCUUCAGUCUCUUCCGCUGCUGCAACAAAUGCAUUCGUUUCCGAUAGUAAUUUCUCAUCCGUUUUUGGUAACACGGAACCCACAGCAUCGAUGCCGUUGCCCCCUAAUCCAUUUUUCGAUGACGCAGUCGCUGUUGCACCUGUUGCUCCAACACCCUUUGGCAGCAAUACAAUUUUUAUGGAUCAGCAGCAACAGCAUCAGCAGCAGCAAGCAAUGUUCUACAUGCAGCAGCAGCAGCAGCAGCAACAGCAGCAGCAACAAUUGCAACUUCAACAUCGACAGCAGCUACAGCAACAGCAAGAAUUUCCACCAGGUGUCUAUCCUACCGGCAACAGCAGCGGAAACAGCACCUCGAUCCUUGCACUCCAGCAGCAGCAAUAUCUCUUGGGGCAGCAGCAGCAUCAGCAGCAAAUGCCAUUGCAACACCAGCAACUUCAGCAGUUACAACAUCAGCAGAUGCAGCAGCAACAGCCACAGCCAGCUGGCACUGGGAAGAUAAUUACCGGCGAUUUGGAUAGUUCACUAAUGUCACUAGUUGAUAACUUAAAUAUAAAUAAAACGGCAAGUGCAAAACCUGUGCAAUGGAAUUCACCUAAAAAUACAGCGAAACCAGGUGCUAAUUGGACACCACAACCAAUGGCGGCUACAACUGGUGCUGGCUAUCGUCCAAUGGCACAUGGCAUGACCGUAAGUCCUGCGCCAAUCACAAUCAAUCAUCCGUAUAUACAUGCUAGUUAUCCUGUAAUGCCAAAUUAUAUGCAGGGGAUGCCGGUGAUGGGGCAAGCCCCUUUGACUGGGGUGCCACCGACGAUGAUGUCGGCGCCGCAAAGUAAUUCCUCAAUGGCAGCUGCCGGAGCGACGGGAGGCAUCAUGCAGCCAAUGCAGCCGACGCAGAACGGGAGCGGCAAUAAAAGCGUACCACUGGAUCCAUUUGGUGCGUUAUAAAGGGGCACUCAUCCAAGCCACACUCACACCCACACACACUUUAAGCGCUCUAACCUCAUAGAAAGCAGACAAACACCCACACAUAUAAUAAAAUAUUAGAAAUGAUAUAUAUAUAUAUAUAUACAUAUAUAUAUACUGAAAAAUUCAAAAUGUUUAAACUAUGCUACACAGAAAAGCUAAAGCAAAAACAAAUGUUUAUGGAAAAUGGCACUAAAAGCUAAAAGAAUGGAAAAGAAAAGAUUAUAUUAUAAUGUUGAACGAAAAAAAAACAAAACAAAAAAAAUGCUAUAUACAUACAAUAUAUACUAGUAUAUAUAUAUAUAUAUUUAUAUUAUUACUAUUUAAAUGAAACAAAAAGAAAAAAAUAAGUUUGACUAUUUAUAUGUAUACACCAAUUUAUAUACUAUGUAUGCUAAAAAGAACGAAUGAAAAACGAAACAAUUUCCGUAAAUAGCUUAAAAGAAAAAAAGGAAGCAAAGUAGUCUAUGUGAAAUAUACCUACGAGAAUUCUACGAUAAGUCUAAGGAAAAAACCUGUAGUUGUGUCCUACGCCAAUCACACGUUCAACUUUCUAAAUUAUGGAAUACUAGUGGAAAACACUCUGUUAACUGUCGCAAAAAAAGAGAGGAGAAGCCAGCGCCCCGAACCCCAAUUGCAAUAUUUUAAUCCGUCUAUACGCAAAUUUAUAGUUUUUUCUGUUAUUUGUGGUUAAAUAUACUAUAUACGAGUAUGUACUAUGUUUUUUAAAACUGUUGUUAAGCAAAUAAUAAUUUUGUAACUCAAAUAAUUGUAAAUGCAUUCCAAACUAGUUUCAAUUUUGUCCAAAUUUAAUUUGCAAAAGUUAAAACAUUUCUUAUUGUUAAGUAUUAUUUAAAAAAGAAACUAAAGCAACGCUGAAGAUUGAUGCAGUAAGUGUGCUGAAAGAAACCGCGUCGUAUAUUUGAAUAUGUGUUAUAUACUCUAGAGCCAUUUAUUUAAUUGCUUCGAAAACCGACAGCACAUCAAGAUACGUAGUUCAUUUGAAGAUUGUGUAUAUACAAAAAAGAAAAAAACAAACAGAAAGCAUGAGGCGUGUGCGUAGGUUAUUUCCUAUUGUCCCACCCACACGCUGAACUAUGUCUAAAUAAAAACUUACAUAUAAAUUAUACAAAGUAUUUUCUGUUAUUUAUUAUUUAUUUAUUUUUGUUCUGCGUGUGGACCUGGUUGGAGUAUGCCAAAAUGACUUCCAUUACAAUUUUCAUUAUAUCUAUCCCACCACCUCCAUUCAGUGUGUAAUAGUUUUUCUGAUGAUUCCAAAGGUUUCUCCAACCUGCUUUCCUAUCGUUACUAUCGCGUUUUCGAAAGCUUGUGUGUUUGUGAAAGAUACCUUCCUACCUUCAACCUUUUUCUUAGUGGAUCAGUAAAGCUGAGAUAUGUAUCUAUCUUUACACGCGUGUACUUACCAAAUGUAUAAAUACUGAACGUUUUGAGCUGAAAAGUAGGCUAUAUUUUUGCACAAGUCCACAGGCAAUUCCCACUGCUCACAAAAGAACAUACAUAAUACUAAAUAUUAUGGAAUAUCGAAAUAUUAUCGAAAUAUGGAACCAAUAGAAGUCAUGUCACAUUUUGGAAAUCAGGAAGAUUUCAAAUCUAUGGAAUACCUUGUCAAAUUUUCAGCCGACUGCGUCGUCAUUGUAGCCAUGUCGUUGGCGGGCUGUAGAUAUUUUUUAUCGGAAUUCUUAUUUUUUUUAUAAGUAUCUACAUAGUACGUCUAUGUUGGCCAGGAUAUAGAAAUAUGGAAUAUUUAUGGAGAAAAGUAGAGUGUGUGAGGUCUAGUAUACAGCACCGAAAAAUGCAAUAAAAUUUUAAAGCAAACAAUCAUAUAUGAUAUUUUGUCAUUAAAGCUAACGCAAAUGUAAAAGCAGUAAGGCCACUAAAAACCCCUUGAAUCAAUGUAAAUUUAGCUAAAUUAUACACUUAAAACCAAACAAACAAUUUAAAACCCAUACAAAAGCCACUCAAAAAAAAAAUGUUUCAUGACAAUAUUUAUACGCUGGUGUUUGAGCUAAAACUAUACUCAUACUUAGGAUCUAACUAACUUACAAACUACAACAAAAAUUCUAUAGUACACCUGUACUCUGCGCCCAACAAAAAUGAUGUGAAUACUGCGACCAAUCGCAUUCUUCGGCAUGAGCAGAAUAGAAAAUUAAAUACGCGAGAAGUUUCCAAUAAAGUAAGCUUAGAAGUGUAUCUCUAUUCCAUGCAAUGGAGAAAUAAUCAUAUACCUAUGAGCUCUUCAUAUUCCAAUGAAUGUUGUGUUUCUAUUAGUUGAUUAAUAUAUCAAAAAAUUUAUACGCGCAACAAAGGUGAUGUAAACCAGUGCAACCACCACUAGAAAUGGCAUGGAUCUAUAAUAUAUUAAUCAUAAAGAUAUUACUUUGUCGUACAUGAAGCAUUAAUGCAUCUGUACUGGUACAACAAAAAGAUGUGAAUGCUGCGACCAUAUGUUGAUCCUUAAAAAUGGGAGAUCAAGUGGAGCGAUUAUGAAAUAUAAUACGCGAACAGUUUCCAAAAAAAAAUAGCUUAGAAAUGUAUCUUUAGAGAAUGCUUGAUGCACUAUCUCUACCUAUGAGCUCUACAUAUUUCAAUCAAAUUGUUGUGUUUCUAUUAGUUGAGG